AUGGCCUCCCGCAGCUUCUCCAAGGCGCUUCGUUCGCCAAUGGCCCGCCAAUUGGCGGCCAAGCCUGCCACCCAGCAGCGCACCUUCGUUGCUGCCCGCCAGCUCGUCCGCGCCUCUGCUCAGGUCAACAAGGCCUUCGUCGCUCCUGCCCAGCAGCAGGCUCGCGGUGUCAAGACCAUUGACUUCGCCGGCCACAAGGAGGACGUCUACGAGCGUGCCGACUGGCCUCAGGAGAAGCUUUUGGAGUACUUCAAGGACGACACCCUCGCCCUCAUCGGCUACGGCUCCCAGGGUCACGGCCAGGGUCUUAACCUUCGUGACAACGGCCUCAACGUCAUCAUUGGUGUCCGCAAGAACGGCCAGUCCUGGAAGGACGCCCAGCAAGACGGCUGGGUUCCCGGCAAGAACCUUUUCGAUGUCGACGAGGCCAUCUCCCGCGGUACCAUCGUCAUGAACCUUCUCUCCGACGCCGCUCAGUCCGAGACCUGGCCCGCCAUCAAGCCCCAGCUCGUCAAGGGCAAGACCCUUUACUUCUCCCACGGCUUCUCCCCCGUCUUCAAGGACGUCACCCACGUCGACGUCCCCAAGGACAUUGACGUCAUCCUCGUCGCCCCCAAGGGCUCUGGCCGCACCGUCCGCUCCCUCUUCCGCGAGGGCCGCGGCAUCAACUCCUCCUUCGCCGUCUUCCAGGACGUCACUGGCAAGGCCAAGGAGAAGGCCCAGGCUCUCGGUGUCGCCAUCGGCUCCGGCUACCUCUACGAGACUACCUUCGAGAAGGAGGUCUACUCCGACCUGUACGGCGAGCGUGGCUGCCUCAUGGGCGGUAUCCACGGCAUGUUCCUCGCCCAGUACGAGGUCCUCCGCGAGCGCGGCCACUCCCCCAGCGAGGCCUUCAACGAGACCGUUGAGGAGGCUACCCAGUCCCUGUACCCCCUGAUCGGUGCCAACGGCAUGGACUGGAUGUACGAGGCCUGCUCCACCACCGCCCGCCGCGGUGCCAUCGACUGGUCCCCCAAGUUCAAGGACGCCCUCAAGCCCGUCUUCAACAGCCUGUACGACGCCGUCAAGGAUGGAUCCGAGACCAAGCGCUCUCUCGAGUACAACUCCCAGAAGGACUACCGCCAGAAGUUCGAGGCUGAGAUGGAGGAGAUCCGCAACCUUGAGAUCUGGAGAGCCGGCAGAGCCGUUCGGUCUCUGCGUCCCGAGAACCAGAAGUAA